CAUUGCCGCGUCCGUGACUUUGAUCUGUAGCUAGUCUAGUGAAGAUGGCCGAAAACAAUGGCAGUGAUUAUUGAGCUAACUUUGCAUUCUCCUAGUAAUUGUCAACAAAGAAGUUAUCUUUAAUUAAAAAGUAACUGAAGCAUCUAACAUAGUUACACAUAUAUAUUAUGGCAACUGCUAUUCAAAAGAAUGGCAUGAAACCUUUAACAAACUCAUCAAUAAAUCAUGUAGAAGAUGUAAAGAAUUUGAAUGAUACUGAUAUAUGUAAAGAAGAGAAAGAUGACAGGAUAUUUGAUGGACAGAUUCAACCUUACAUGGAGCCUCAUGAACAGGAACCUCGUGAAUUGGAUAUUGUUAUUAAUAAUGUAGUUUGCAGUUUUAGUGUUAGAUGUCAUUUAAAUUUACGAGAAAUUGCAUUAAAUGGAUCUAAUGUGGAAUAUAGAAGAGAAAAUGGGAUGAUAACUAUGAAAUUAAGAAGACCUUAUACUACUGCUUCUAUAUGGUCUUCUGGUAAAGUAACAUGUACUGGUGCAACAAGUGAAGUUCAAGCAAAAAUUGCAGCUCGUCGUUUUGCUCGUUCGCUUCAGAAGCUUGGAUUUAAAGUACGAUUUAAUAAUUAUAGAGUAGUCAAUGUAUUGGGUACAUGUUGCAUGCCAUUUGCAAUCAAAAUAACAUCAUUUUCAUCAUGUCAUAAAGAAAAUGCAGAUUAUGAACCUGAACUUCAUCCUGGUGUUACAUAUAAGUUAAAAGAACCAAAAGCUACAUUGAAAAUAUUUUCUACUGGAAGUGUUACUGUAACAGCUCCCAAUGUUGCUGCUGUUCAAGCUGCAAUUGAAUAUAUCUAUCCAUUAGUCUAUGAAUUUCGUAAGGAAAGAACAGCAGAAGACGAACUUGCCUUAACAACAAAAAAGCGUAGACUAGGAAUGGGACUAAGUAAAAGAAGCCAUGAUGAGUUCCUACAUGAUCCAGAUUAUAUAUAUGAUACUAUGUUUUCCGAUGAGGAAGAAGAAGAAGAAGAAGAAGAAGAAGAAGAAGAAGAAGAAGAAGAUGAGGGUGAGAGUGAUGCCAGUUGGGACUGAGCUAUUUAUUUUGUUGCUCUUUUGUUAAUUGUGAAACUGUUAUACUCAUAUUUUCUUUUUUAAGAAAAAAAGAAAUAGAUACAUACUGCUUUGUGUAUAAAAGUGUUAUUGUAAAGAGUGAAGUGAAGCAUUCAAUAGUGAAAAGACAAUGUGCAAGUGUUAGAGACAAAUAUGCACAUACAAGUGCUUUAAUCAUGGUUAUACUAAUAUUGAAUCAAUUGAACUGAAUUUCAUUAUCAAAACAAUAUCAUCAUAAUUUACUUUCAUUAAUGAUAUGUAUACGUACAUAGAUUCAUUCAUAUAUAUAUAUAUAUACAUAUAUAUAAAUCACAUAUAUAUCUAUACAUGCAUGUAUCUAUGUACAUAUAAAUGUUAGACAUAGAAAUGUAUGCAUAUUCAUUGUGUUUAACAAACAGCAUCUCAACAUUUCAAGUUCAAGUUCAACGUUUUUCAUCUUUUUUUUUUUCAUUUCUUUUUAAUAGAAUUUAUUAUAUUUAAAUAAGAACAAUUUUAAAAAGGACUUAUUUGUGUAACCAUACUCCUUUAUAAUUUAAAUAGUAGCACGAUUCGCGUUUAAGUUUCUCAUUAUGUAAUAAUAGAUUAUGAAAAAUUUUGAUAGUGAUGAAAAGCGUGUAUGCAUAUUUUUGCUGUCUUUUGUUUCAUUUCUUUCUACUUAUAGAUAUAAUCUAUUUUCGCUUAAUUAACAUACUGUGCCAAAGAUAGAUGUUCAAAAUUUGAGGUAAAGUGAUCAAGGAUAUCUAAAAAACUAAAAAUUUUGUUUAAUUAUUACAAUUAAUUUUUGCAUUACAUAUUAUAAUGGACAUGAAAAUAUUUUUAAAUGAUUUUUUUAUAGUAAAUAACAAAAAAAUUUAUUUAAUUUUAUUUCAUUUAAAAAAAAUUAUUUUUUGUUGAAAAGUUAAAAAAUGAAAUAUUGAGAAAAAUUUUAUAUUUAUCAUUUGCUUUUCUUUUAAAUGACUGUUUUUGAUAGUAAUAAUAAAGAAUAUUAUUUAAAAUAAUUAUCUUUAGCUAUUAAUUACAUAGGCUUUGAUUGCAGAUGUUUUAAUAUUUGGCUUCACUAUUUAUAUCAUUGUACAGAUUAGUUUCAAAAUUGAAUUUUAGUUUAAUAUAAAUUGUCAGUUAAAUCUCUCGUUUCUAUUAUUUCAAAAUAUAAAAAAUGAAGUAUAAAUCAUAAUAUCAAUGAAAUGAUUUAUUUUAUUUGUUGACGAUUGCUUAAAAAUUUAAAAAAUAGAAUAGUAUAUGUUUUUAAUUUCUAAUACUAAUUAUCAACAUGUAAAAAAUUUUUACUCAUUUAUUUAUUUAUCACUUGCAGUAUCCUCAUGACGAUAAGUGCAUUUGAAUUAUAUAUUAUCAUUGUCACUUGCUAGUUAAUCUGAAUUAGAAUUUAAUGUUGUAUAUUGUAGUUUGAGAAGUAAUAAAUAAUAUUUCUUUCAUAAAUAUUCAAUAUAAAUAUUUUAAAUACGAGAUGCUUGACUGACAUAAAGCUAUUUUUGAAUUCUGUUUGAUAAUAAAAAUUAUGAGUAUAUAAAAUACAAAAUUUUAUACAAAUAUUCUAUUUUAAGAAAAAUUAACAGAAACUUUUUCUGACUACUUUUUAAUUAUUUAAAAAUAUUAGCUAAACUUAAAAUAAGAUAUAGUGUAUAUAAAUCAAAUUAUGAUAUGCUAAAUAUAUCAACAUGCAAUUAAUUGCAUAUUCUUUGAAUACAAAACGCCUAUUUUAUAUUUGUUAUUAAUUGUACGCAUUUUUAAUGAUUCUUUUUCAUUACAUAUAUGUGAAUGAAAAAGAAUAUUGGCAAUAUUAUAAUAAAAAUUAAUCUGUACCUCAUGUCAUACAAGAUUAUUCAUUACAAAAUUGAAUUUUUAUAAUUCAUUAUAAUUUAUUAAUUGUAAAACUGUGAAACAAAUUUUUUUACAAAAGUGCUAUAGUCACUGCCCUUAGUAUAUUUGAUGCAAAAAAUAAGAAUUCAAAUUUAAUCAAAUAUAUAUGACAUCAAACAACGAAGUAUCUUAACUUUAUAUCAUCUACAAAAUGCAAUAUAAAUUGCAAUACAAUUUUUUUCUUUAGAAAUGGCAAUAAUGUCAGAACUAUUAAUAUUUUCAAUUUUAUUAAAUUUAAAGUAUACAUAAAUAUAUUUUUUUUUUUAAUAGAAUUUUCUUAUUUUAAUAGAAAAAAAUAUAUGAUAAAUAUAUAUAAAAUAUUAUAUAUAUUUGCUAUCAUUUUCAAACAAAACAUUAUUGAUUUUAAAUUUUAAAGAAAAAUUAUUUAUAAAAUUGUCAUAAGUAUUCAUUUAGCAUUUAUAAAUAUAAAACAUAAAUUCCGUUUUGUUAAAAAAAUUAUACAAUUUUUUUAUUUCUAUUUAAAGUUUUUCGUAAAUGUUAACUAAUUUAAAGUGAUUUUUUUUAACAGUAUGAAAUAUAAAAUAUAUAUUGAUAUUAAUAUAUUGAUAUAUUGAAAUUUGCGAUGUAAGUGAAAAUAAAUUUAUAAUAUUUUUUCUAUCUUAAAUAAUGUAAUACUAUCUUUAAUGUGAUUAUUAGAUAUGUGUUUAUUUUUUUUUUUUUUAUGUGAAAUAAAUUUUUUUAUCUAUGAAGUUAUAAUAAUACAGUUUAUGAAUUUAAAAUUUUUUAGAAAAAUUAUUCCAUAUUUAAAAUUUUUUUUUUAAUUAAAUAAUUUAAAUAUGUGUUUCUGGCAUUGUUCCAUAAAUUUUAAAAUUGGAAUUUAAAGAAAUUAUUUAAGAAAAUUUAACAAUAUAAUACUUUUUUCAAUUCAAUAUUUAUGUAAAAAAAAAAAAUAAUAUAUUUUCAUUUUUAUAUAAUCACAUAAUGAAAAUUUUUAUAAACGCACAUAAUGAAUUUUUCUUAUAUUUUACAGCAUUUUUGAAACUAAAAGUAACAUUUAUUGCAGUGAAUUAUUUUUUAAAAUAUCAUUAAUGUAUGAUUAUAUGCAUGAAGUACAGAAAUAUUUAUUAUUUAUAUGAAAUAAAAGCUAUACAAUUAUGAUUAGGAAUCGUAUUUUUUUUAAUAGUAAAUCUUAUUUGAAAUAUUAAAAAUAAACAAAAGUAUUUCUUUAAAUAUUUUCUGUUAAUUAUAACUGUUUUAUUUUCUUUUGAAUACAAUUUAAUGUUGUAAAAAAGAAAAAAAAUACAUUACUAUUAUUAUUAUUAUGUUUAUUUUUUCAAAACAUUUUUUGGUAUAUAUUUGAUAUAUUUUGGAAAAUUUGACAAAAAAAGUUUUUUGGAAAAAUUGAAAAAACAAGUUUAUUAAUAAAUUUGUAUUCAAAUUGAACUUAAUGUCAACAUGGAACUGCAGUGAUAUUAUUAGUAUUAAUUUAAAUUAACUUCAAAAUAAAUCAUUGUGUAUUACAAUUGAAUGCAUGACUGCCAGUCAUAGACUAUAAUUAUAUAAAUGCUAUUUCAUAGUUUAAUUUGAAUAAACAUAACUAUUUCAAUGAUUUUUUCAAAUUCAUGACAAUAAAAUAUUAAUCGUUAUUGUUUAUUGCUAUAACAUUGUAUGUUUAUAAUAAAUUCCUUUGAUAAUAGUUUAUAAUAAUAAUGAUUUAUCUACUAUCUUUAUAAUAAAAUAUUAGGCUUCUCAAAGUAGUUCAUGCAUCAUAAGUAUUGGAUAUAAUUGCUAUAAAUAUUUUUAUUUCUGAAAACAUUAUAUAUUUUUAAUUUUUAAAAAUUAUCUUAUGUUGCACGUACUAUUUAAUUUGAACAAAUUAACUAUAAUUAAUUUACUAUAAUUACUGCAAUAGAGAAACAAAAUUUUAUUAUUAAAAAUGUGCACUUUUACCAAAUCUGCUAAAUUCCGUUUAUUAUUUUUAAAUAGAAUUUCACAUUCCAGGCCUCCCAAUACUAUCAUUUUCUAGUCUGAGAAUAUAUGUACGCCAAAGACAGUCCAUAAAAGCAUAUUACAAUUUAAAAUAGUAUAGAUAACAUGAAUACAUUGCUCAAGAUUGAUUACAUUUAACUAUACUAUUCAUAGUAAAAUGCUUAUUAUUAAUGAAAAUAUAUAACAAUUUUCCAUAAUAUUUGCAAAUGAAAUGUUAUUUUGUAUAUUAUUACAAAAAAAAAAAGAAUUUAUUGAAAAUUUUGGUAGAGGUGAACAUUCUCUGUCAAUUCUUUUAUGUAUUUUAUAAUCACAACAUACAUUAAUAUUUUGACAAAAUAUAAUUUUUUAGCAUUAUUUUAUUAAUAAUUAAUUUAAUAUGCAUAUAAAUAAUUAGACAUAUGAGCACAUAUCUAGUUAUUCCACCGAUUUUUAAAAAUAGUUAAUUUGCAGCUUAAUGUAAAAGAUUUUUAGAUGAUAUAAAUAUUAUGAUAUUAAAUAAAAUUCUAUAAAUUCAAAUAAUUAAUUAAAAACUAGAGAUAAUUUAUAACAUAUUAUAAUAUUGAUAGAAAUUCUAAGUUUUUGAUGUUAUCAUUAUACAUAUAAAUAUUUCUUCCUAUAUUUAAAUUAUUAUUAACAUCAUGACAGACUAUAACAUAGCUAUAUCAGUUUAUAAUGGGGAAAAAAUGUAGAAAAAUGUAUUAUAUGAUAUUAUAUUAAUUGAAUAAUACACACAUUAUAUGCAGUAAUAUAUAUAUAGUAAAUCUUUCAUUUAAUUCAAUUAGUAUUAUACAUUUUUUUUAUUCAUUCAUUACAUAAUAUGAUUGAACUUUUAAGCAAUAUAAAUAGUUAUUAUUAAAAAAUACAUUAAUCAUAUAUAUAUAUAUAUAUUUCUUGAAAAUCAAUCUGUAGCAAAGAAAUAUAUUACUCAGUUUCAAUUUGAAUUAUUUUUUUUUAUAAAGUUUUUAAAACCUAUUUUAUUAUUUUGUUUAAAAAUAAUUUGUGUAUUAAUAUGAUAUAUUAUUAAUUUUUUAAUACAAUAGUAUUAAUGAUAAUAUAGGAACACACAUACAUAUAUAUAUAUUAUUUUAAAGUAUAAUACAAAAAAUAAUAUUGCAUGAAUGGCCUUUUCUAGAAGCAAUGUAUAUUUAGAAUACGUUCAAUAGAUAUUAUAAAUUUUGAAUUUAAGAGAUGUUCACACUCAUUGAAUUCUUAAAGAAACUUAUUGCAUGAUUAUUAUUACGAUUUUUUAUUUAUUUAAACAUGAAUAAUUUUUAAUUUAUUGCAAUGUUUAUAUUAAAUAUUAAUGCAUGAAAUGAAUAAAAUAAAUGUAAACGAAAAAUAUAAAAAAAAUAAUAAAAAACUGUAUAAUUUAUAAAGUAUAAGAACAAGCCAUUCACUAUAAUUUAUAUGUAAUUUUUCAUUAGGCAUAUAUGUAUUAAAGACUGUUAAAUGAACUGUAAAUGAAAAUUUUUAUGUAAAUAAAGAAAUAAAACAUAAUGAUUAA